AUGGCUUCUGGUUCCAACAUGGACAUAGAGGGCGCGACCCAGCACCUUCGGGACAUCUUGAAACUGGAUCGUCCCGGUAAUUCGGCCGAGCCUUUGGUAGAGAGCCAGAGAAAACCUUCUUUUAAUGGAGAGUUGAAUGGCGUUCUUGGAGCGGAUCUUAUUGGAGCAGGAGGACUUGCAACAAUGGUGGAGCCAGCUGCUCACAACUCAGACAAACUUAACGGACAGGACACACAGACUAUCUGCCUUUCAGGAGAUGAUGGGUCCACUUGUGUCCCCAUCAGAGCAAACAAUGUUGAAAUCGUGUCCAGUCGUGACUCUAGUAUUGACAGUAAGGCUCGUGGCAGCAACAAGGUUAAAAUUCAGCCCGUGGCCAAAUAUGACUGGGAGCACAAGUACUACUAUGGCAAUUUAAUAGCUGUGUCCAACUCGUACUUGGCUUAUGCCAUCCGAGGUGCAAACAAUCAUUCUAUGAUCCGAGUGCUGCGGCUGGGAUCAACUGAGCGUUCGCUGCUGAAGGGCUUCACCGGUGCCGUCACAGACCUUGCUUUCGCCCACUUGGACUCCACCCUUUUGGGUUGCGUGGAUGAGGCUGGAAAUAUGUUCAUUUGGCAACUCACUAGCCACAGCAGCAAAAUACAAGAUGAAGUGAUCGUUCACAUCCGAAGGCCAGAGGACACUCCACUAAAUUCCAACCGCAGACUCAUCUGGUGUCCCUUCAUCCCGGAGGACAAUGAUGAGAGUCCAGAGGAUGCGUGUCAGACACUGGCACUCCUUCAUGAAGACAGAGCUGAGGUUUGGGACCUAGACAUCCUCCGAUCCAAUAACAGCUCAUGGCCUGUGGAUGCCACAGAACUGAAAGAGGGCUUCAUCACCAUUAGAGGACACACAGCACGCAUUAGUGAGGGAGCUCUGUCCCCUGACGGCACGGUCUUGGCCACAGCCAGUCAUGAUGGAUUUGUAAAGUUCUGGCAAAUUUACAUUGAAGGACAGGACCAACCCAGAUGCCUGCAUGAAUGGCAGCCACAUAAUGGUCGGCCUCUUUCCUGUCUGCUCUUUUGUGACAACCACAAGAAGCAAGACCCAGAGUUUUCCCCAGAUCCAUUUAACAGCAGUGUUCUACCCAGCCUGAAGGCUAGUUUGGACCUUUCUGCAGAAUUUCUCAUCCUCAGUGAUGUUCAGAGGAAGGUGUUGUACGUCAUGGAGCUGUUACAGGAUCAGGAAAAAGGCCGCGCUAGCUUCACUGCAGUUUCAGAGUUUCUGCUUACGCACCCUGUGCUAAGCUUCGGCGUGCAGGAUGUUGCUCGCGCCAGACUGCGCCACACAGAGGUCCUUCCCCCUGAUGAAGAAAGUGAAAGCAUGACGACAGAAGGAAACCAGGGACCCUCUGAGUCCAAAUCAGGAAUCCAGAUUAAACUCUACUGUGUUCAUACAAAAUCACUACAGGAUGUGCAGAUCUGGUUCCAGCCCAAUCAGGGAGCCUCAUCCUCCCUCUUUAUGCCACAGUCUGGAUCACCUGGAUCACAGGAUGGCUUUGGUUUUUCUGACCCACUUGCUGAUCUGAAUGUGGAGGCAAUGAGCUCUGAUAAAGAGUCUGGAGAUAGUGGAUCACAGAAUGACCUGAGUAAGAUUCUGGCUCUUCCAACUCCAGCUGACUUCAUGAGUCCAGCCCCAUCAGCCUUGCCCAAACUCAUGACCCCAGAUGCCUUCAUGACGCCCAGCACCUCCGUUUUCAUGAGUGUUUUGAGACUUUUGGAUCCUACUGAAGGUGGAGAUGAUCUGGCCCAGAGCCCUAAAAUGUCUGUUGAAUGUGGAAACAGCAGCUUGACUCUGAAUGCCAGCUCAAGCAGUCCGAGAUCCAACUCUAUUCUCAUCUCAGGCCUUGGGGAAAAUAUCCAGGCUUUCUCUCCCCCACUGGUGCUCUCUCCAUCCCUCCUGCGAGAGGCCUCUCUGCUCUGUGAAGCUGCUCCUUAUUCUCACAGACUUCCCCUUCCUUAUUUCCCAUCUCCACCUCCACAGGUUUCCCCUCCAAACCCUCCUCUCUCCCUGGAUCUCCAGGCCAUAGACCCUAUGGUUGUCCCCCAGGCCUCACCGACGAGAGCUCGCUCUCCAGAUGUCAUCUCCUCUGCUUCUACGGCAAUGUCCCAGGACAUCCCCGAGAUCGCCUCUGAGACCCUGCAGAGGGGGCUGGCCAGCGCCGCUGCUGACUCAGGCCCUGUCCUACAUUCUGACAGCAUGGCAUCAGCCGCAUCAGUCCUCCACCUGUUGUCUCCGAGAGCCCGGAGCAGUGCUGAGCACAGUUUGCUGCCUCUGGAAUUGGGUGCAGCAUCUGUGGAUGGAGAACAGAGACUUAAUACCACACCCUCCUUGCUGGAGACGGCUCUGUCGCAGGAGAACGCAGUAGCAGCCGGAGGAUCCUGUUCCGACAGCAGCGUGAACCACACCUGGCCCGCAGCGCCUGAUAUCACACGAGAAACUCGCAACAGCCUGAGAGACAAUGGUUUGGGAGACUGCUCUAGGGAGGAAAUAAAGGACAGACACAUUUCUUCUCCAUACCACAGGCGCACAUAUCACCUGACUCAGAAUGACAGUCAGGAUGCAAGUGCAGAGCAGAGCGAUCAUGAUGAUGAGGUCGCUAGUCUGGCCUCCUCCUCAGGAAAUUGUGGCCCUCGCUCUUCUCACAGACUUCCUGUGAAAGACUGGAAAACAUCUCCCCGCAGCUCCCCUAAGCUCAAGAGGAAGAGCAAGAAGGAUGAAGGAGAGUGCUCGCAGUCUAGACAGAUUGAAAACCAGAUGAGCACAGAGGUGCAGGACGAGCUCCUACAGAUGUUAAGGAGUCAGCAAAGGGAGAUCGCUGAGCUGAGACAGAACCAGCUGGAUCUUCUGCAGAGAGUCACCAGCCACAUGGACGCUGUUCAGAGCUCCAUCAUGGCUCACAUUGAGCACGCCAUGUUGGCUCAGCAGGAGCAAGAACGUAUCCUGCCACUAGAGGGAGAUUUGUAG